CAACCUUCUAGUAAAUACAACCGCCCACUUCUGUCUACAAUUUUUCUUUAAAGUAACUUUCUCUGUAAUGAAGUUGAGUAGUUUUGCGGUGUCAAAGGCGAAGAAAUCACCGCAAAGAUGAAGUUGUGCAAAACAUUUCUCGAGAAUGAGUUCAGAGGGCAGCUGCUGAGCCAGAGGUGGACACGAGGGGACAGAGUCAGCAGCUGUGAAAACAAGAGGAGUAGGAGACGAAAAAUGAGCCAGGACGCAGAUGAGAAGUGGACGAGGACACGCUCAAAGGGAAUCAGAGUUCCUCUUGAGCUUGUUGGACAAGAGUACAGCUGCCCUACACCAGGAUGUGACGGCUUAGGCCAUGUCAGUGGAAAGUAUGCACGACACAGAAGUGCAUUGGGCUGCCCAUUAGCUAAGAAAAGAAAACUCCAGGAGGCAGAGGAGAAUCAGCUAGCCCCCAAAAAGAAGCCCAAUGCUCUAAAGCUGGCCAUGGAUGAUGGGUUUAAUGCAGAGAGUGACACAAACAGUGAAACAGAAACAAAAGAUGAGGGAGUGGAAUCUGAAGAGGACACUACUGAUAAAGAGAUGGAAGCAAAAGAAAAAACACUUACAUUAGAAGCAGUGAAAGAAGAAAUUUCACAAGAGGAUUUAGAAGAGAAAAUGACACCUGGCAGAGAAACAUCAAGUUUAGUGCCAGAGAGAGAAACUGAGAAGGAAGAAGCCAAUAUCGAGACUACGUCCAUCCAACAAAUCACCAUGGAUGCUGAGGCAGAGGUGGGCCUACAGGUCACUGAAGAAAUUCAGGCUCGAGAGGAAGAGGUAGAGGAGGAAGCAGAAGAGAUUACAGAGGAAGAGCGAGUGACCCAGCAGCUGAAAGAGACAGAUGAGCCUGUGACAACAGUUGUCGAAGAAGAGGAGGAGGAGGAGGAGGAAGAGGAAGAGGGGGAAGAGGAGACACAAUGUUUGAGCCAGAAGAACAACUCGGACCACCAGUACUUCAGUGGAGACUUUGGCAAAAUCCAGACCAAAGACACUGGGGAGACAGAGAAGGACAGUGAAGAUGAUGAUGAUGAUGAGGAAGAAGAUGAGGAGAUCCAAUCCCAGGUUGAGCCUUCCUCCCUAACUGCCCCUGUCCCCACUGCUUCACCUCAGGAAUUAGACAUGAUGAUGCACAGCAACAUCAGUCUAAACCACCCUCUUGGAGAAGAUGAGGAGGAGGAGGAUGAAGAAGAAAGAGAUGAUGCUUCGGACAAAGACUCGCCCACUGUAGUAAUCGAGCUGGGUUCAGAGGGAGAGGAAGAGGAAGAAGAGGAAGAGGAAGAUGACGGAGAAGGAGAGGAGGCUGAUGAAGCGGAUGACGACGAGUUGGACAGCAUGUCACAGAGGUCAGAGGUCACAGAUGACUCAGAGACGUACGACAUGACACGGGGGAACCUGGGACUUCUGGAACAGGCCAUUGCCCUGAAAGCAAAACAAACCGGCCGUAGUUCUGAAGAGAGCUGCUCUCCUGAGCAGCAGCGCUACAGCAGCGCAGAGGAGAGGAUCAGUAAGACCAUGGAUAUCACAGCUCGUAGAGCAUACUAUGGCAAAGAAGGUUCUAGAUCAGAGAAGAAGGAAGUAAAGUGCCCUACUCCAGGAUGUGAUGGGACAGGUCAUGUGACUGGAUUAUACCCACACCACCGCAGCCUUUCAGGGUGCCCACACAAGGACAGAAUCCCUCCAGAGAUCUUGGCAAUGCACGAGAACGUACUUAAGUGUCCAACACCUGGAUGCACUGGACAGGGACAUGUGAACAGCAACCGCAACACACAUCGCAGUCUCUCUGGCUGCCCUAUUGCUGCUGCAGGGAAACAGAAAAGCAAUGAAAAGCAGUCACAGCCACAGACCUCUGUCAGUGAUCCUGCCAGCGGAGGCUCAAACUCUGACAGAGUUCUCAGGCCGAUGUGUUUUGUGAAACAGCUGGACAUCCCUCAGUAUGGUACCUACAGACCCAAUGCCAUGCCAGCCACUCCUCGUGCCAACCUGGCUAAGGAGCUGGAGAAGUAUUCUAAGGUGUCUUUCGACUAUGCAAGCUUCGAUGUACAGGUGUUCGGCAACCCCAUGCUUGCACCCAAGAUGCCCACCAGCGAAACCUCACCUAAAGCCUUCAAAUCCAAACCAUUCCCCAAAGCCUUGUCCCCCAGCCACAGCCUGUCAGGAGGCUACACCAAAAGCAGUUCCUCUUCCACCUCAAGUGGGUAUGAUUAUACCCAUGAUGCCGAAGCCGCACACAUGGCUGCCACUGCCAUUCUCAACCUGUCCACCCGCUGCUGGGAGAGGCCUGAAAACCUCAGCACCAGACAGCCAGAUCAGGCCAGCAAAGACAUGGACAUUGAGGUGGAUGAGAAUGGCACACUGGACCUCAGCAUGAAGAAACCCAAGAGAGAAGGAGUCAGGUCACCAGAACCAUCUUCAUCCUCGUCAUCAUCUUCUCAACACCAUGGCGUCACCUCACCCCACUCCAGCCACACCUACAAACAAGAGGAGUGGGAGGGGCCUCUGGACUACACCAAGUCAAACCAACAGAAAGAGGAGGAGCCAGAGGAGGUUGAGUACACCACACACUCAUAUGCUUCCUCUGAUGGAGACGAUGAUGAUGCCACUCAGGAGAGCAUGGAGGACAGGAAGUACCCUGGUGAGGUCACAACCUCCAGCUUCAAAGUCAAAUUCCAGCCCAAGGACAGCAAGAAAGAGGUCUUGCUAUGUCCCACCCCAGGUUGUGAUGGCAGUGGACAUAUAACUGGGAACUAUGCAUCACACCGCAGGUAUGCCAGAAGUCUCUCUGGUUGUCCCCUUGCUGAUAAAAGUCUUCGGACCCUCAUGGCUGCCCACACUACUGAACUCAAAUGCCCUACCCCAGGUUGUGAUGGAUCAGGACACAUCACUGGAAACUAUGCUUCCCAUAGAAGUCUGUCUGGAUGUCCACGUGCCAAGAAAGGAGGAAUCAAAAUCACACCGACUAAGGAUGACAAGGAAGAUUCUGAGCUCCUAAAGUGUCCGGUGCCAGGUUGUGACAGUCUGGGGCAUAUCAGUGGGAAAUAUGCCACCCACCGCAGUGCCUAUGGGUGCCCGCUGGCAGCACGCAGGCAGAAGGAGGGCAUGUUAAAUGGCACACCAUUCUCCUGGAAGGCCUUCAAGGCUGAGGGCCCGACCUGCCCUACGCCAGGAUGUGAUGGAUCAGGACAUGCCAAUGGCAGCUUUCUCACUCAUCGCAGUCUUUCAGGUUGCCCUAGAGCUUCAGCUAACAAGAAGAGGGCCAGGUUCCCUGGAGAUGAUUACAUCAGCAAGAAAUUCAGGGCAAGUGAUGUUCUUGACAAUGAUGAAGACAUAAAACAGCUGAACAAAGAGAUCAAUGAACUGAAUGAGUCGAACUCUGAGAUGGAAGCAGACAUGGCCAACCUCCAUACACAGAUCUCAUCCAUGGAGAAGAACCUCAAGAGCAUGGAGGAAGAGAAUAAACUCAUAGAGGAGAAGAAUGAGGCUCUGUUCAUGGAACUGUCAGGCCUGAGCCAGGCUCUUAUCCGCAGCCUUGCCAACAUCCGUCUGCCACAGAUGCAAGAGCCAAUCACUGAACAGAAUUUUGACGCCUGCGUGGACACCCUGACCCACAUGUUCACAGAUAAGGAGUGCUAUCAGAACCCAGAGAACCGAGCCCUACUCGAGUCGAUCAACCAGGCCGUCAAAGGCAUUGAGGUGUGA